AUGUGGUUCCUCCUCAUCCCUGCAUCCUGGUCUCUGUGGUGUGGCGAUUCACUCUUGUCCCCAAGCGAUAACAACGACAAAAACCGCACCCCCGCUCACGACGCAGUUCUUUUGCCUGUCAGGUGUGGGAUUACUCGUAUCAAGCCCACGUUGCAGCCCAACUUAACGGUGUUUCUUGUGGUCUCCAAAGCCACGUCGAUGCAGCGAAUGAAGAGCGUUUCGAUGAUUUGCCUCUUACGCAGGCAACCAACCAAACGUCACGCCAAUCUGGCGCGUCAACACGGCGCUCGAGCCACCCAACUCAGUCGUGGCUACCAACUUGAAGGCAUGGUGUCGCGGAAGGGCAUGCGUAUGUGCCUACCGUCACCCGCAGCAUUGGCCCAAGACGCGGUCGAAGCAACGCCCAAAGAUAGCGAACCACCGCCCACAACUUUGACCAGCACGUCAACCAGCGCCCUCUCAGCGCCCGAUGGGGAUCGUACACCUUUCCAGGGACAUCGCACGCGCUCAUCCUUGAUUUCCGAGCAGCGCAUGCUUAGCUCCCUGCUCUCAGUGCGCGUUGAGGAUGCACCGCAAGCCCUGUUGGUCAAUGCUGUGCCAUAUCGACCAAGCUUCAAACGGAUCAAAUCGGAUAUCAUUCCUCUGAAGCACAAGUUCAAGCAGCAGCAGCAGCAGCAGCAGCAGAGGAAGAAGCAUGACGCGCAAAGCGGAGCCUCAACACAACACCCGCCGCACGCAGCUCCUGUACAUUCUGGACACCAUUACGACGGGAACACGGCCUUGUUCAAAAUGCUCAGUCAACAAGCUAUGACACCAUUACGCGCAGAGCAGCAGCAGCAGCAGCAGCAGCAACAACUACAACCACAGCCAUACUUGCCACCACAACUAUAUCAUGGUCAGCAACAACAACAGCCAGACGGUCCGCAGACUCGACAGUCUCGAGUUCUUGGAGCAGUGCUGUUUUUCGGGCUCAGCCAUCUAGUCAAGCGCAAUUGCCUUUCUGGUCUGCGGCUGCGCGCGAAGGAGUGCCCAGAUCAGGAGCGCCAGAUUCGAGUGCCCAGAAAUGGCCAGCGGGCGGCAACAGUCAUGGCCACUUGGCAUGGACGUCCCCAUCACCUGCCCUUGUGCCUUCCACCCAAGCUGGCUCGUCGAAAGGAACGCCUUGGAGUCAACCAACUCAACAUUCUUAGCUGA